ACUGCUUCAGCUUCUCAUUUUUGGCAUGAAUUUGGAAAUGACUUUUGAUGGCAAGAUGAAGUCUGUGAACGAGCAGCCUGACCAGAAGUCAUGUCAUAAGAAGGGUAAAGGUUUGCUUUUUCUUUUGUCCCCAUGGUGGUGCCCUGCUGCUAUGGUUCUCAUCAUCGUUUGCCUGGGGUUAUCAGUGACCCUUAUUAUACAGUGGAUGCAAUUACUCCAGGUAUCUGACCUCUUAAAGCAAUACCAAGCAAACCUUACCCACCAAGAACAUACCCUGGAGGGACAGAUCUUAGCCCAGCAGCAAGCAGCAAAUGCUUCAGAGAAGAAACUCAAGGAAACUAUAGACACCCUUACCUGGGAGCUGCAGGAGAAAUCCAAAGAGCAGGAAGAACUUCUGCGACAGAACGUGAACCUCCAAGAAGCCCUGCAGAGAGCUGAAAACUUUUCAGUACUCCAGGUAUCUGACCUCUUAAAGCAAUACCAAGCAAACCUUACUCACCAAGAACAUAUCCUGAAGGGACAGAUCUUAGCCCAGCAGCAAGCAGCAAAUGCUUCAGAGAAGAAACUCAAGGAAACUAUAGACACCCUUACCUGGGAGCUGCAGGAGAAAUCCAAAGAGCAGGAAGAACUUCUGCGACAGAACGUGAACCUCCAAGAAGCCCUGCAGAGAGCUGAAAACUUUUCAGGUCCUUGCCCAGAAGACUGGUUAUGGCAUAAAGAAAACUGUUACCUGUUCUCUUCAGAGUCAUCUUACUGGACAAAGAGCCAAGAAACUUGCCUGUCUUUGGAUGCUCAGAUGCUACACAUUAAUAGCAUAGAUGAUCUGAACUUCAUCUCGCAAGCAACUUCCCAUUCCACAUCGCCAUUUUGGAUGGGAUUGCACCGGAAGAAACAAAACGAACCCUGGCUGUGGGAGAAUGGCUCUUCUUUGCGUCCUCACCUAUUUAAGAUCAGGGGGAUUCCUUCCCAGACGCAUCCAUCAGGUACCUGUGUGUACAUUCAAGAGGGAGCUGUUUUUGCUGACAACUGCAUUUUAACUGCAUUCAGCAUUUGCCAGAAGCAGGCAAAGCUAUUGCCGAUGCACUGAAUUUAAAGAUCCUGGAAGAACAGGAGAAGACCUUGGACUGUUGUUAUGAAAUUUAAGCUAUUCUUGCUUACUUGAAUGUAAAACAUGAUUUCCCCUGACAGCUGUCAGCAAACUACUACCUUCAGUUCACCUCAGCUGAGGCAAGGACCAGAAGCAGAGACUGGGGAUCCAGUUGCUUGACAUCUUUGUUUCCAACGUUGUGAGUCCAAUUGUUUAUCCACAGUUUUGCUCUUUCCAAGCCUCCCAGUCAACCUGCAAUCCUUCAUUCCUUUCCUCUUUUAAAUGAUGACUCCUGCUUGACCUGAAAAAUCAGUCUCCUGUACCUCAGAGUGACUUUUGGAGCUGCAUGGAAGGCAGAUUAUAGAGACCCUGCUAAAGUGCAGGCAGAAGGCUCAGGAGGAAAGUGUGUCUGAGAAGCAGCAUGCAAAGAAACAGCACAGAGGAAAAGCAACCCUGCAAGCAGGGACUUGUGUCCCUGUUGAAGCCCCAACUUGAUCUUUGUAACUGUGGUCCAUCUCCAGACUGAACCAUUUACAUGUUUGCAUUUUUUAAAUUUUAUUUUAUGUUUGUAGGGGGUUGCCUACAUGUAUUUCUGUGUGCCACAUGAGUGCCUGAUACCGUUGGAGAUCAGAAGUGAGCAUACUGUCCAUUUACAGAUGGUUGUGAGACAUUAUGUAGGUUCUAGGAAUUGAACUCAUGUCCUCUGGAAGAACAGCCAGUGCUCUUAAGCCUGAACUACCUCUCCAGUCACUGUGAUUAGUUCUUGCAUAAGUUAUUUCUUUGUCUUUUCUCUAUCAAACAACAGUAUUGUGAAUUUAACCCUUUAAAAUAGUAUUGUUUAGAAUGAUAUAAUAUGUGGCCCCAAAGCAAAACCAGACUUUUUUUCUCUUAAAUUACACAUCCUUUGUAGACAACCUCUCCUUGAUCUCUAUGCUAUGAUCCAAAAACGUACAUAACCAAAAUGGAAGAAACUAAGUUUUGGGACAAGUUCUUAGAGCAAUAUGAGUUGGAUACAAAAAUAGUGUUCUUUUGGAACAGAUGGACUUAGAAGCUUCUAUUUUCAAAGCUUCCAUUUUCCACAUACUUCAGAGACCUUUCCACUUCAAAGGAAGCGUUCCAUUGUUUUAGGCCAGCAAUUGUGUGUGUGUGUG